UUACAGUCAGAUUUUCCCGCUCCGUAAGCAUCCUACAUAACUUUCCUUACACUAAACCCAGAGACAGCCCCUCUUAUAACGUCCUUGCGCCAGUUUAACGCCUCGGCCAGAGAAAGGCAGAAUGGUAUAGUUCGCUGACCCAAAGCUCAACGAUUUAGAAAUGGCAACCAUAGAUCCUUCUACCAGCUCCGUCACGGGAGUCUCCGAUGUUGACGACUCCGUUCAUGGCAGCGAAAUACAAGACCACGACCAAAGUCGAGACGAUAGGAGGGCCAACAAGAAGAAGAGGAGAAGAAGAGCGAAAGAUGGAGGCAUAUCAGAGAUGAAUGGACCUUCAAAGUCGUUAAAGAGGAGGAACAGCAUCAGCAAAGCAGCGCGGGAUCCCAUGGAUGAGCCUCGUGGGAAGAAGCACAAGAAGGCUAAGACCGAGGGUAUGGAAACCAGGUCGCCCAGUCCGGUUAUUGACUUUGAUGGCCUAAGCCGGCCAAGUCGGGGGACCCGAGAACGACUUGAGGAGAGUUCCGAGCAAGCAGCCGAGAGAUUGGAGAAAAUGCGAGGAGCCAUUCGGACAAUUCUAGAGUGCGUUGGCGAAGACCCAGACAGAGAGGGCGUUCUCGAUACUCCGAAACGAUAUGCGAAAGCGAUGCUUUUCUUCACAAAGGGAUAUCAGCAGAACGUCAGGGACAUUGUGAACAAUGCUAUCUUCCACGAGAACCAUAAUGAGAUGGUUAUCGUGAAAGACAUAGAAAUAUUCAGUCUCUGCGAACACCACUUGGUGCCCUUUACUGGGAAGAUGCAUAUCGGAUACAUUCCGAACAAGAAUGUUAUCGGCAUUUCUAAGCUACCGCGUAUUGCCGAAAUGUUCAGCCGCCGACUGCAAGUCCAGGAGAGAUUAACGAGAGAAGUUGCCAAUGCUAUCAUGGAGGUUCUGAAACCUCAGGGUGUGGCAGUUGUGAUGGAGUCAAGCCAUCUCUGCAUGGUCAUGCGGGGUGUUGAAAAGACGACUACCAGCACAAUCACUAGUUGCGUGCUCGGCUGUUUCGAAAGAAAAGAAAAGACUAGAAACGAGUUCCUAAGUCUUGUUGGGCUGAAUAGGACAUACAGAUAGAUUACAGGAUAGAAUUAGGUACCUACAGGCAGGUAUGCAUGUGCAUUCGAGGCGUUUUGGGUUUGGAGCGUGGGAUUUCAACAUCAAGCUCAUCCAUGAACACGGUAUGGGAAAUGCAUCUUAGAGCUCAAUAGGCUCAACGCCUUUAAGGAAGGUACUGUGAGGCGUUCAGGGCUAUGAAAACACUCUUCAACAUUAUCUUUGUGUAUUAUCAACUACACCAUAUAUGCAUUCAUUGAGGCAUUUAAAUGCUAAUAACCAUAGGAUCGAGAUUAGUACUUCUAUGUUCCAUUUGUGAUAAUAUGAGGUUUAUACCAAAGUCUCAAUAUCAUAGCAGAUUAGGUAUUUACUAGUAGGAGAAGAAAAUGUUAUUAGAUAGAGCCUUCGUAA